AUUUCCUUAAGGCAACAACGAAGUGUCCCAGAGAAAGUGGUAAUGAUGGCCACGUAUUGUGCUUGAUUUGAGGUUGGGCUGAACUGAGCUGGGUGCCAAAAAUAUCCUUGCUUUCAUGACGUUUUUGGUGAAGGGUUUCUCUCGUCAUCUUUUUUUUUUUUGUCUAUUUCUAUCCAACUUCGCGACUACUUCUUCUUUAUCUUUAUUACCCAACCAACCAUGGCGUUUCGAAACACUAACAACACAACACAGAAAGAGUUCAAGAUACCUCGCGUUCAGAAACACAAGACUGAGUUCGAAGAGAAUUUCCCGUUCUUGGAGCGACGUACGCCGGCGCAAAGCAUGACGGUACCCGAAGCACAAAAGCUUUUGAAGAAAGUACACACCGUCGCAAACUGGUUAGACAAUGCCGUCCCAUACAGUCCUAUUCCUAUCGGUUUGGACACCGUUGCCGGAUUCAUACCAGUACUAGGUGAUUUUGCCGGCAUGUUUGCAGCUCUUUAUCAAGUCUACCUCUCGUGCUUGUUUGGUAUUCCACUAUGGCUAUUAGGACGAAUGCUCAUUAAUAUCAUCAUCGACACUUUUAUUGGCAUGAUUCCUAUUGGAGGACGAGUGGCAGACACAUUCUACAAAGCCAAUUUAUGGAACUAUGAGAGCUUGGAAGACUGGGUUGUAAAAGAAGGUAUAUUUGAAGUCUCUGACCGGACUCGUAGAGAUGCAGAACGUAGAGCACAGCAAGAAGAAAAGGCUUAUGGGCUGAAUUUCCGGACUGCUUGGAAAUUAGCCAAUGCUUUCUUUCCGUAUGGGAAACGACGUUAAAUAAUAUUUGUCGUUGAUGUAGUUGAUUUUUAGUUGUCAAUCAAGGGUUUACCAUAUCAGGACUGAACCAAUGACUGUCAGGUGUGUGGACGUACGAAGACGUGUUUGAUUCAACCAAACAAAAAAAAAU